AUGUUAAACAUUAUAUUAACAUGCUUCAUACUAGUGAUUUUUUCAAAUUUUAAGACUGCAUCUUUUCAAGGUACAUAUAGUAGCAUUCCAAAAUUGGUUGCGUAUAAUCCAGUAAUUCAACCAACUGUAAUAUUCACAAAUGAUAAAGAAAAGGAUACUCCAUAUUUAGAUGCAAUUAAUGAUGUUUUAAGAUAUGAAUCAAAAAAAUCAGAAUAUGCAUUUCAAGGGGGUAAUUAUCAUUGGGUUAUAACAGCCUUUGAUAUAUCCAUAAAUAAUGAUUCUCGAUCUGUGAACAAAUAUUUUUCUAAAAAAGAAAUUGAAACAAUACAAGCAGGCACAAUAUUUUUUGUAGAUUAUGUAAAUGAUAAGUUUAGAGAUGUAAUUUCACGAUACAUGUAUAAAUAUGAUUUUGAAAACAACUAUUCUACCGAUUUAAUGAAUUUUGCCAAUAAAUUAAAAGUUUCAGUAUAUGAUAAAUUUGAGAACGACCUUGCGUAUUGCUUAAUAAAAUAUGAAAGAGAACCAAAAGAUGAAAAGGUAAAAAAGAGGGCAAAGAAAUUUUUUGAAGCGCUUGUAGAAAAUUCAGAUAUGAAGAUGAAAAGCCAUUUUAUCAAAAUCUCAUGGGAUAAUGAGAAUAAGUGUUUAACCCACAGUGUUAGUCUUUAUUUCAAUAUAAAUAUAAAUAAAAAUAAUGCAGAUGGUAGUUAUUAUUUUCUAUUUCCUAAACGUGAAACUGUUGAAUCAUUUGUUAAACCUAUAAAAAAACGUAAUAUAUUGUCACGAGCAUGUUAA